AUGGCAUCUGCCUUAACCACUCCUAUCGCAGCUCCCCCAGCUUCACCCUUGCCGUUGGCACCCGCGUUGACCUCGCGAGGUCCCGCUCUCUCUGCCAAACCCAUUGCCAUUGCAGGUUCCCCUGCUCCCUUAACGCAAUGUUCUGUGACAUCAAAAGAAUGGGUCAUUCCCCCUCGACCAAAGCCUGGCCGCAAACCAGCAACAGACACGCCACCUACAAAGCGAAAAGCCCAGAAUCGCGCUGCCCAAAGGGCCUUUCGAGAAAGGAGGGCAGCGAGAGUCGGGGAGCUAGAGGAACAAAUUAAGAAGACCGAGGAAGAAAAUGAUGAAAAAGAAACUGUGAUGAAGGCGCGGAUAAAUUCACUGUCAAAACAGCUUGAAGACUGUCGUACCGAAUUACUAUGGUGGAAGAAGCGUUGUCAUGAAUUGGAAAAUGACGUAACUACACAGAAAAAUGCUAGACAAGCGGCAGUUGAUGAGCUUCAGAGUAUAAAGUCGCACAGCAACAAGGGCGCUCUUCCAUCAGGCGGGUGUGACCGCUGCUCUUCUACCCGGUGUCGGUGCAUUGAUGACGCUUUUGGACCUUCGACCGUUUCACUCCGACAAGAUGAAGUGUCCGCACCAAAGCGGCCGAAGUCCCCGCAACAAGACAUGGCAGACAAGCGCCAGAGGCCAGGGCCGUCGAUUAAAGCUGAACCGGAGGAGCUCGAAAUUGAUUUUACAUCCCGAUUUGCAGUUCGUCGCCCAUCAAGGAACGAAGUCGAUGCAGUCUCUCCCACAGCACUCUUCGAUCCUUGCGGAUUUUGUCAGGAUGGUACGCCAUGCAUAUGUGCCGAAAUGGCAGCUGACCAAUCUGCGGAAAAGGAAAGGCAGCUAGAGACAAAUAAACUCGCUCCUAUACAAAAUAUGUCCCAGUUCACACCGCCUCCCUCAGAUGGCGAUGUUUUCUCCGAGUCACUCCCUUCUCUACCCAACAAAGCAAACCCAUGUGCCAACGGCCCAGGUACUUGCGCACAAUGUCUGUCUGACCCUAGGAGUACUCUUUUCUGCAAGAGCUUGGCCGCCUCACGGUCUGUCAACGGAGGAGAUGGAUGUUGCGGGAGUGCAAGUCUCAAGGGCGGCUGCUGCCAGACACGGAGUACAUCCCGCAAUGCCCCAGGAGAUGUUAUGCUAACGGAUAACCCGCGAACUGCCCCUCCUAUUACCCUGAGUUGCGCCGACACUUUUACAACUCUUUCUCGACAUCCAAAUUUUUCUCGUGCAUCUGAUGAGCUCAACACAUGGCUUCCACGACUUCAUACUUUGCCUAUUCCACGAGGUCUUUCGUCGUCCGUCAACAAUCGCCCUGCGAUGGAAGUAGAAGCAGCCAGCGUCAUGGGCGUGCUUCGAUACUUUGAUCGGAGAUUCGCUAAUUAA